AUGGGUGCUGCUAAUUGUUAAUCAUGUUGUGCUAAAUAGGAGAGUGAUACUACUGAAUUAAAAUUAGGAAGAGAUAAAGUAAAACCUAAACAUGAUAAUUCUGAAAAUGAUAUUACAUAACAAGAAUAAAAAAUUUAAGCAAAAGAUCAUGAGAGAUUUGUUGUGGAUUAAGAAUAAUAAAAAUAGAAAAAAGAAACUAAAAAAGAGCCAAAAAAAGAAGCCAUUAAAGAAACAGCUGCUAAAAAUGUUGAUGAGAACUCAAAAAAAUCAUAAGAAUAGGAUAAAUAGUUAAAUAUAUCAGCAAAUCAUUCAGUUAGCAUGAAUGUCGCAAAUAAUUAAGAAGGGAAUGAUUUAAUUAAAAGUACAAUGAACUGCAAUGAAAGAAAAAAGCUACCUCCUAUUUAAUUAGAAUCAGGGGCUGUAUAUGAAGGAGAAUGGAAGAACGGAAUGAGGGAUGGUUUUGGUAAAUAAAAGUGGCCUGAUGGUUCUAUUUAUGAAGGUGAAUGGGUGGAAGAUAAGUCAUCAGGAAGGGUAUUUAAAUUUAUAAUUUUAGGGGAAAUUGACUCAUGCUGAUGGUGAUGUUUAUGAUGGAGAAUGGAAAAAUGAUAAAGCUAAUGGAAAAGGUACUUAUAUUCAUGUUAAUGGUGCAAAAUAUGAAGGAGAAGUAUAUCUAUUUAUAUAUUUUAAGUGGGAAAAUGAUAAAUAACAUGGAAGAGGAGUUGAAAAUUGGCCAGAUGGAGCUAAAUAUGAAGGUUAAUAUUUUGAAGGGAAAAAACAUGGGAAAGGAAUUUUGAAUUUUGCAGAUGGAUCAAGAUAUGAUGGUAAAUUAGUAGAUUUAAUUAUUUAAAGGUGAAUUUUUAUAAAAUGACAUACAUGGUGAAGGUACUUACAUUUGGCCUGACAAAAGAGUUUAUAAAGGAUAAUGGAAGAAGAAUAAAAUGCAUGGAAAAGGAUAGAUAAUUUGGCAAGAUGGAAGGAAAUAUACUGGAGUAAUAAGUUAGUUCUAAAAUAGGAAUAUGAAGAAGAUAAAAAACAUGGUAAAGGUGUUUUUGAAUGGGCUGAUGGAAGAAAAUAUAUUGGAACUUGGAUUCAAGGUAUGUAAAUAUACGUUUAUAAAAGGCAGGUAACAUGGGAUUGGAAUAUACUAUUUAUAAAAUAAAGAAGUCAAAGUUGGAGAAUGGAAUGAAGGAAAAAGAAUAAAAUGGUUUGAAAAAACUGAAAUAGAUUAAUUAAUUGAAGAAUAAAAAAUUAAAAGGGAAGAUCUAUAAUAAUCUGAUUGAUCAAUAUAACUAAUAUUUCAUUUUGGCUUCAUAAAUUUUCAGAAUAAAUUUGUUUUCUAAUCAUAUUUGCAAUUAUAAAUAAGAUUAUGAUUCAUUAUAAUCUACUCAAUAUUUAAUAUAUAUAUUUAUGAAAAUAAAUUAAAAGAAAUAAGUUCAAUUUGCCAAAGGAACUAUAAAUUCUUUAGAAAAUACAUCAACUAUAAAAUACAAUCAUACUGAAUAAAAUUUAAUAAACGAGAAAGAAUUUGAGAGGAAUUCAAAUUUUACAGAUUGUGAAUUCAUGUCCACUUGUAGAGAACUAAUUGUUUGUUAGAAUUGUGCAAACGAUCUUAUAAGUUAAUAUAAAGAAUUAUAUUAAACAUUUUUGAGUAGAUAAGAAAAAUUCUUGUUUUUACAAAGUGAUUUAAAACAAUAUAGAAUCUAAUGUGAGAUUCAUACUUCAAAUUUAUUUGGAUCAAAAAGAAAUGAUUUAUUUAGUAACAAAAAAUAGAAAUCUUCCAUUAAUUUACUUGGACAAAAUAGAUUAAGCUUAAUGGAUUUUCCAAAGUUUUUAUUAAAAGGAGAAUUCUAAAUUAUAAUACGUGCUGAUGUUUUUAAGGCUCAAGUAAAUUACUUUCUUAAAUAAAUGCAAGUAAAUGAGACAAUUAAUAAUGAAAAAGAGAUUAUAAUGCACAUAAAUGAAAUAAUAGAUCCUUAGGACAAUAUCAAUUUCAAUGAAUUUAUUCGAUAAAGAGAUAAUUAAAUAAUAAUUAAUUAUGAUGUAUUUUCUUAUUUCAGUAUGCAUAGUAUAUUCUCUUCGAUAAAAUUUUAAAAUUUGGUACAACAGUAUUAGAUAUUUAAAUUUAAGAUAAUUUUAAAUCGAAAAUAUUAAGAGCGAUAAGUUCUUUGAUUUUAGAAUAAAUUUUAAAUGGUAGGGAUCAAUUUAUUUAGAAGUAUCAUUUAAAAAUAAAUUUUAUUAGAAUUGUAAAAUUAAUCCAAAAUAUUAUAGCUCAAAUAAAUAAUCAUUUAAAAAAUAGAGAAUAGAAUUCAACAAAUAGAAUAUGAGAAAUAAUAAUAAAUGCUUAUAGCAUACAUAGAGUAAGAAGAAAAAUAAAUUGAAGUGAAGAAAGAAAAAUAAAGAAAAAAAAGAUAAUAGCGAAAAUUAAAAAAGAAAGUUAAUUAAUAAUUGGAAUAGUUAGAAGAGGAGGAAGAGGAUGAUGAAGAAACAAAAAACUUUUUUUGUGAUAUAAAUGUCAAAACUUAAAAAGGCGAAUCUUCACAUUCUGACAAAGAAAUCAUAACAGAAUUACUGAUUUUAAAAAGAAAUAUUAAUGAAAUCAACCAAAAAAGAAAAUAGUUAAGAGAAACUAUUAGGAAAGAGUGGGAAAACUAUUAAAAAUAAUUCUAAUCAUUAAAACAAUGA